AUGUUUUCAAAUUUUGAAGGGUUCAGAAAGAGGCCCAUUGUCACUUACUCACGCAAGGCUCGCGUAUUAAAGCCAGAGACGCCCAAGGCAGAUCUACCUUCACCUCCAUAUGACUCUUCUCCCCCUGUCGUACAGUCCUCCCUAUCAUCCUCUUCUAGUUCUUGCAGUGACUUGGCAGUUGAAGAAAAAGAGAAUGACAUAUUUGAUUUCCCAGAGGAAGAAGCAGAGAUAGAGUUGAUGGUAGCCUCCACUAGACACACGCCAUCAUCACCAAAGCCAACAACAAUAUGUCGGCCUCGUAAGAAACCUAAACAGCAAAACAAAAAGACGACAAAAACAAAAGCUGUAGGAAAAAACCUCGUCCCUCUCAAAUCGACAAUUCACCCAAUAUCUCACCCAAUAACUCAUACUGUAUCUUAUCCAGUAACUGAACCAGCAACUGACCCAAUAUCUUACCCUGUAUCUUAUCCAGCAAUUGGCCCAGCAACUGUAUCAGGACAACAACAGUCGUAUAAUCAUAGUAACUCUAUAGAUUCUUAUGAUGUAUUUGCAUUUGAUCCUGCCCCUUAUCAACCACGUAAUAAAUACAUCUUACCACAGCAACAACAACAACAAGUAUUACCUUCAAAUACAUUGUAUUCUUCUAUAAUAACUACAAACAUAUUCAACGCACCUUCUCAUAUACCAAUUUUUAACACGCACUUUAACCAUAUGCAACCAUUAUCAUAUCUUCAACCAAUGCAGCAACAGCCACUACAACAACAGCCACUACAGCAACAGCCACUACAGCAACAAUCAUUACAGCAACAGCCACUACAGCAACAGCCACUACAGCAACAAUCAUUACAGCAACAAUCAUUACAGCAACAGCCACUACAGCAACAAUCAUUACAGCAACAAUCAUUACAGCAACAGCCAAUACAACAGCAAUCAAAAAAGAAAAAUCUAGUAGCACAUCUAAAGACGGCGAACGGAGAAAAAGAAAAUAUACCGAUAGUAAGAGAAUACGACUUCUCAGAUGAAGAAGAUAUCGUGCCACAGCUACCCUUAAAGCAACCUAUAGUUCAAGUCGAUAGAAGUGCAUCACCAGAGUUAAGCUAUGAAGAGAGAAUGGAAAAAGAGUUGGAAUCUAUAAUGAAAUCAGAGUUUGGAGAAUCAAAAGAACAAGAAACAACAGAAAUUAAUCAUAGACCAAGAUAUCAACCAUUAAACGAAAUUAAAGUUAAAGUGACAUAUACCAAACGUGUAAAACAAUAA